AUGACUUCACCCCCCGCGACUGCAAAUGAAUCAACUGUAUACUAUAAAAAGCAAGCCAAAUAUAACGAUAAGAGAAAUAUUCUCAACAAGGCCUACUUAGUUGAACCAAUUGUACGACAUCGAAUCCAUGACUCGAUAUUCUAUAAACAGCAUUUGUAUUUGACAAAUGAAUCAACAAUACUACCAGUUAUUACCCAGAAUGUUCAGUAUAUUGCAGGCGUUGAUUCAAUAGGAAGGCCCAGCCCCUUUUUGCAAUGCCUUUUGCGAUUGUUGGAGUUGGAGCCAGCAAAAGAAAUUAUCAAUGUCUACCUUGACCAACUAUCCUACAAUGAAUUCAAGUAUUUGACUGCAUUGACAUUGCUAUAUAUACGAUUGGUUUACCCGAGUGAAGACAUUUACAAUAUCUUUGACAAGCAUGCCCAAGAUUAUCGAAAAUUGAGAUUCAAGUUGAAAACGCCGCAAUUCAAUGCUGUCCAACAGCCAAUAUAUUACAAACUUGGGUACAUGGACGAGUUUAUAGAUGAUUUACUCACGCAGGAAAGAGUUGUGGAUCUUAUCUUGCCACGGCUCAUUCCGAGAUUGAGUUUAGUGGAACGCGGGUUGGUUGCACCUCGGCAAUACUUUAUUGAUGAUGAGAUUCAAAAGGAUAUGCUGCGUGGUCAAGACAAUGUUGUUAGCGGCGAUAGUGACACGUCAUAUCAAAGUGAUAGUGACUAA